UGAGACCAAGACAGCGCCGGGCAGCUGUUGAAGUCAUGUGGGCUGUGCCGACUUCAUUGCUUGAACGCGGGAAGCUCAAACUGCACUUCUGAUUUCAAGUCGGUCGGGUAUCACGCCCCAAGACCCAACAACAAACCCACCGACCUGCGCAUUCGUCAGCUUAGAAAAACAGGGCUUAGCUCUCCUAUCGCACGGCUUCCGACAUAGCUUGAACCGAGGCUACAUGUGGGACUGGCUCGGACCGUCACAUCCUGUCUCAGGGACCCCAAGACUAUAACGGGGCCCUCAAUAACCUGUUGCGAAACCACGCCAAAGAUCGUGACAGACUUUUGGAAGAAAAAUAGCCUAUAAUUGACCCGUCGGGACGGUUCUGCUCCCCGACAACUUGCCCAUCACCUCAGUCGACUGUUCUCGUGAGCAGCUUAAAUCUUGCAACAUGCCCUCCACAUACACCACUGGGCCAACGCCUCUGCGCAUGAUGCAGAAACCACCCUACACAGUUGAAGCAUCAGGCUAUCAGCCAGUCGAGGGCGAAACCAUUCCUCGUCGCCAUCCCAAAGCCAAGGAUGGCCUGGUCGAGCGGCCAGCGCCCGACGUCCACACAACCUUCGACUUGCUCAGACGAAGUGUCGAGCACUACGGCAAUGAGCCCGCCGUUGGGAGCCGAAAGCUGAUUCGCAUCCACAAGGAAAAGAAGAAGGUGCCCAAGGUAGUCGACGGUCGCACCACCGAGAUCGAAAAGGAAUGGACCUACUACGAGCUCUCCAACUACACGUACAUGACGUAUCAGGACUACUUCAACCUGGUUCUGCAGGUGGGCGCCGGCCUGAGGAAGCUGGGGCUUUCAGCAGGAAACAGGUUGCACCUGUUUGCAACCACAACUGCGCAAUGGCUGACGAUGGCUCAUGCUUGCUCCUCGCAGUCCAUGACCAUUGUGACCGCAUACGAUACCCUCGGCGAGAGCGGCGUUGAGCACUCGCUGGCCCAGAGCAAAGCCAACGCCAUGUUCGUCGACCCACACCUGUUUAAGACCAUCAGGAAUCCACUCAAGAAGGCAGAUACGGUCAAGAUCGUCAUCUACAACGAAGCCACCCAUCUGCCCGUUUCAGAUGCUGAAAUCGAGCAGUUCAAGUGUGCCCAUCCCGAUCUGACCAUCCUCUCCUUCGAGGAACUCCGGGCGCUCGGCGAGCAGAACCCGACCGAGCCGGUCCCACCAGCGCCCGAGGAUAUGUAUUGCAUCAUGUAUACCUCGGGCAGCACCGGCCCGCCGAAAGGGGUCCCAGUCAGCCAUGCCGGCUUCGUCGCCGCCGUCGCAGGUCUGCACAGCGUCGUGGAAGAAACCGUCACCCACCGCGAGUACGUCCUCGCCUACCUUCCCCUCGCCCACAUCUUUGAGCUCGUCCUCGAAAAUCUUGUCAUCUUUAUCGGCGCCACGCUCGGCUACGGCAGCCCCCGCACCCUCUCCGACACAAGUAUGCGCAACUGCCACGGCGACAUGCGGACGUUUGCCCCCACAGUCAUGGUCGGCGUGCCCCAAAUUUGGGAAACCGUCAAGAAGGGUAUCGAGAGCAAAGUCUCGUCCUCAGGCUUCGCCACCCGCGCCCUCUUCUCCGCGGCCUUGAUCCUCAAAUCCUUCCUCGUCCGAAACUCUCUUCCCGGCGCCGGCCUGCUCGACGCAACCGUCUUCUCCAAAGUCCGCCAGAUGACCGGUGGCCGCCUGCGCUUCAUUGUCAACGGCGCCUCGGGUAUCGCAAGCCCAACCCUCCAGUUCAUGUCCAUGGCCGUGGCGCCCAUGAUCAACGGCUACGGCCUGACCGAAACCUGCGGCAACGGCGCGCUCGGCUGUCCCUUGCAGUGGACCCCCGGCCCCGCCAUCGGACCCAUCCCUGCCGCCAUUGAAAUCAAGCUCGUCUCCCUUUCGGAACUAAACUACUCGGCUUCGUCGACACCACCACAGGGCGAGAUCCUCAUCCGUGGCGCGCCAGUGCUAAAGGCCUACUUCGAGAACCCAGACGAAACAGCCAAGGCGAUAACGUCCGAUGGCUGGUUCCGCACGGGAGAUAUUGGCGAGUUUGACGCCUCGGGCCACCUUGCCGUCAUCGACCGCGUCAAGAAUCUCGUCAAGCUCCAGGGCGGCGAGUACAUUGCCUUGGAAAAGCUCGAGGCUAUCUACCGUGGGGCGGGGUACGUGCAAAAUAUCAUGGUACACGGCGAUAGUUCUUCCGCCAGGCCGGUCGCGAUUGUGGUUGCCAACGAGAAGGCGCUGGCGGGGAAAGCGAAGGAACUGGGCGUCGAGGAGCCUGCCAUGCAUGGUGAUAAGAGAGUGAAGGGCGCCGUGCUGAAGGCGCUGCAGGAUCUGGCGAGGAAGGAAGGGUUGAGUCCCAUGGAGACCGUGGCUGGGGUUGUGCUUGUGGAGGAGGAGUGGACGCCUGCGAAUGGGCUCGUGACGGCGACGCAAAAAGUCAAUCGCAAGGCCAUCAGGGAAAAGUACGCCAAGGAGAUCAAGGACUGCGUGGAGGGGAAGUGAGCUUGUGGAAACUGGG